AUGAAGAUAAAGCUCAAUCCUCGUCAGGCUCAUACUGCAGGUAUAGUACGAGUAUGCUACUCAUUGGAUGGUAAUUACUUGAUUUCAGGAGGUGCCAAUGAUCUGGUGCGAAAGUUCACAACUGGCUCAGACUCUAGUGAACCAGACAGUUUGGACCAUCAUCAUGAUGCGGUAUUGGCAGUUGAUGUUUCUGAUGCUCAUUUUGCCUCGAGUUCCGAGGAUGGAACUGUCCAUCUCUUUGAUGUGGUUUCUAAUAAACCUAAAGGUGUAAUUGUACGAAAUCCUCUCGCUAUUAGAGAGGUUAAGUUUUCUCCAGAUGGUAAAUGGAUCGCAACAUCAGGUAAUGAUAAAUUUGUCAAGAUUAUAUCAGUCACUGAUAUUUUAAAAGUCCAAGAAAUGUCUCUUCCAGUACCAGUUAAGCAUAUUUCUUACAGUAUUUCGGGAAAUCUAAUCGCCUUGUCUUCUAUUGACGGAAAUCUACGUUUUUAUAGACUGGAAAAGUCUGAAAAUAAAGAUGGUAGUGACGAGCCUGACGGUGAUAUGGAAAAUUCAUUCCGUCAAAAUACGAUAAUACCGCCUUUUAAUCCCACAUUAGUACACAGUUUGGAAGGUAUUGUUCCAGAUGUUCGUGAUGUAGACGAUGUUCGAACUACAGCUGUCGAGUUUCAUCCUGAUGGCACACAUUUCGCAAUUGCAACUAAGACCUUUGAAGUUGGUGUAUACAAUCUGAGCAACGUUUCUGAAGUAGCUCGUCUACGCCAUACCAAUGGUCACAAAAAAGAACUAACUGGCAUCAAAUGGUCCCCCAAUGGAAAAUAUAUAGCUACUAUCUCGCUCGAUAAUAAGGUGAUAAUCUGGGAUGCGACUACAUUUACACCAGUUGAGUCACAGAAUGUCGAAUCACCAAUAUCUGUUGCUUGGCAUCCUACUACAAAUGAACUGACUGUGGCCACUGACAGAGGUCAGCUUAUCACGUACGAUGUAUUAUUAGAUCAGGCAAGUCCAUUCGGAGACAUUACUCCGUUCAAUACCACCACUAGUACCAAUGGUACUGAUAGUAGCACUAAGAAAUCCGUCAAUAGUGUGGAUAGAAUUCGAGAUUAUGAUGAUUACGAUUUGGAGUUAGAAUUCACUGGAGAUGCAACGGCAGAUGAUGUUGAGCAAGCCAAUGGUGAGGGAAAUGAACUCGACUGGAUUGAAGACGACGACGGAGCUGGGUAUGUUGGUGAAGAGAAUGGCAAGCGUUCUAGAGAGUCAACAGCAUUGGAAAAUGGUAAUGGUUAUAAACGUGCUAAAUUUGUUUCUACGGAACCAGUUCACGAACCCUUCAUUACCGGCAGUACUCCGUGGAAAAAUGGGCGAAGAUACCUUUGCAUGAAUACAAUUGGGUACAUCUGGUCUGUAUUUCAAGAAGAUCAUAAUACGGUUACAGUAACAUUUUUUGACAGAGGGCUUCACAGGGAAUAUCAUUUCACCGACUACGUGCAAUAUGAUCUGGCAUGCCUUACAGAAGAAGCCGCUCUGUUCGCCAACACCAAGACUCGUAAAGCUUUGCUCAGAUUCCAUGACGGUUUUACGAACAACUGGGAGUACACAUUAUCAGAUAAUGAUUUAUUCAGAUGCAUUUCGCUUUCUAAAAACAUAGUCACGUUCUGCACCGCACAAGGGUACGUGAGAACUUUCAAUAUAUAUGGCUCUCCUUUGUCUGUUUAUAGACAAUCAAGAGAUCCGGUAAUUACCUGUGCUUCCUGGAGAAACUACAAUUAUAUUGUCCGAACGUCACCGACUGGAUCGUUGUCGUACUCUAUUGAAAACGUUCGAACCAACGUGAUUUAUCAAAAGAAUGAUGAAAUCGAUAUUGGUGUUGGCAACAAGCUAAAAGCUGUCUUCUUUACCAGUCAAGGUGACCCAUGCAUUUUCGAUUCAAAGGGAAUACUUCUGGUACUACAAAACUGGAGAGAACCCCUCCAGACACGAUGGGUUCCUAUCGUUGAUUCUAACAUUGAAUCAGCUCAAGGACGCAAAGAGUCAUACUGGCCAAUUGGGGUCAUUGAUAACAAGUUUGUAUGCACAGUCCUAAGAAAAGGCGACCAGCAUCCCAACAUCCCUCUACCAGCAACUACAGAACUUGAAUUAUCAGUGACAGUCGACCCUACAACCACAGACUACGAAAAGGAAUACCUUACUAAACAAGUCCUUCUACAAUUGUCGCGAGCUCAAGCCGAGUCUGAUGAUAACAUCGAGCUUGUCAGCACAGUUUCAUCUCAAGAGUUGGAAGUCGACAAAGUUGUUUUGCGACUGAUCCAGGCAUGCUGUAUCGACUCCAAACCUUCUAAGGCUCUUGCUUUAGCCUACCUGAUCAACAAAGAUCAGGCUCUUGAAGCGGCCAGCAAAAUCGCGCUGCGGUUUGACCAGUCGGCCGUUGCAGAGAAAAUCAACGAACUCCUCAAUGCCCGUUUAAGGCAACAACAGCAGUAA